CCUCUCCCUGGGCGCAUCCUCCUGCGCCCCAGUCCUCUGCCCAGUGUGCCCAGUGUAUGUCAGGGACUGGGGACCCCCAGUGCUGCUGGAGCCAGGGGUCCAGAGCAGGGGGGCUCAGGGGUCUCCUCCCCAGGGAAGUCCACGGUGGCAGCGCUGCUGGAGCGGUUCUAUGAGCCCACAGCAGGAACCAUCACCCUGGACGGGCACGACAUCGCCAGCCUGGACCCCUCGUGGCUGCGGGGCCAGGUCAUCGGCUUCAUCAGCCAGGAGCCGGUGCUGUUUGGCACAACCAUCAUGGAGAACAUCCGCUUCGGGAAGCCGGGAGCCUCUGAUGCCGAGGUGUACGAGGCCGCCCGGCUCGCCGACGCUGACGGCUUCAUCCGCAGCUUCCCCGAGGGCUACGACACCAUCGUGGGCGAGCGCGGCACGGCGCUGUCCGGGGGGCAGAAGCAGCGCAUCGCCAUCGCCCGGGCGCUGCUCAAGGACCCGGCCGUGCUCAUCCUGGACGAGGCCACGAGCGCGCUGGACGCGCAGGCGGAGCGGGCGGUGCAGGCGGCGCUGGAGCGGGCGGCCCGCGGCCGCACCGUGCUGCUGAUCGCGCACCGCCUCAGCACCAUCCGCGGCGCGCACCUCAUCGCCGUGCUGGCCCGGGGCCGCGUGGCCGAGGUGAGACCUGCGCGGGCGGGGACGGGCGGCGCUGGUCACACCAAUGGCUGGUGA